AUGUUCAUUCGGUUUUUCCAGAUGAAGUGGACACUGUUGCUUGUAGCCGUUGGCAUGACAAUGGCAAUGCGUGAUCAGUCUAUAGCUGUUCGUGGAAAGUUGAUGUGUGGAUCGAAGCCGGCAACAAAUGUACGAGUGAAGCUCUGGGAAGAAGACAGUGGUCCUGAUCCGGACGAUCUUCUCGAUCAAGGCUACACGGACGGAAACGGCGAAUUCCAAUUGCAAGGUGGAACUGCUGAACUUACAGCAAUCGACCCCAUUUUCAAGGUGUACCAUGAUUGCGAUGAUGGAAUAUUGGUAAUGGCUGACAGUUUACUUGACAAACACGCUGUUAAACGAAGCAAUUUCAAGCCAGGCUCGAGGAAGGUGAAAUUCGCUCUACCAAAAUCUUACAUUACCAACGGAAAAACUCCUAAGAAAACGUUCGACAUCGGAGUUCUGAAUCUUGAAACGAUAUUCCCUAAGGAAGAACGAGAAAUGAUUGUUACGAGAAAAAGGAGAGGAAGGACUUAUGCUGAUUAUAUGAAAUGGAUUGUACUGCUUUCUGUCGUCGCGUUGACUAUGGCGAUGCGCGACCAGUCGAUAGCCGUUCGUGGCCGUCUCCUGUGCCCUGAUCCUGACGAUCUGCUUGACCAGGGCUACACGGACGGAAAUGGCGAAUUCAUGCUUCAAGGUGGUACCGCCGAACUAACUCCAAUCGAUCCUAUCUUCAAGCCUGGCUCGAGGAAAGUGAAAUUUGCUCUCCCGAAAUCAUACAUAACCAAUGGAAAAACGCCAAAGAAAACAUUUGACAUCGGAAUUCUUAAUCUGGAGACGAUCUUCGCCAAAGAAGAGCGCGAAAUGAUAGUCUCUAGAAGAAGACGAGGAGGUAUCAAUGCAGACUACAUGGAUCCUGACAGAAGCAGUGAAAGCAGUGAAGUCAUUUCAAGAAGCAGACGUGGAGGUAUCAAUGAGGAAUACAUGGAUGCAGAUAAAGCCAGAAGCAGUGAGGAAGAGACGAACAACUAG